AUGGUGGUCGCGAUCUCUUCCCAUCUUUACCCACUCGUGACUCUGUACAGAGAUAGAGCUAAGAUCCAGGACAAGGAGGGCAUCCCGCCGGACCAGCAGCGUCUAAUAUUUGUCGGGAAACAGCUUGAAGAUGGUCGUACACUCGUCGACUAUAAUAUCCAGAAGGAAUCUACCCUCCACCUCGUCCUCCAUCUCCGUGGUGGCGCCAAGAAGCGUAAGAAGAAGACCUAUACCAAGCCUAAGAAGAUUAAGCACAAGAAGAAGAAGGUAAAGCUAGCCGUACUCCAGUUCUACGAGGUUGAGGAUUUUGGCAAAGUAUAG